AUGUCCAGUCUUCCAUCUCCUGCUGCAGCUAGUCCCGUCACACUGCGCUCCGUAUCAGGCAAGAGUCUCCUACUACCGCCGCCUGUGACGCUGGCUGCGGUGUUGAAAGUCGCUACUGCACCGCCUUUCUCCUUUGCGCCGGAAAGCGUCAAGCUCUCUCUCCAUGGUCGCCUUGUGCGCCUUCUUCAAUACCAAAAGCAGCACGGCGAAGACUUGCUCAGGCUUCCCCUUGAUGCCUCUGCGUAUACGCCGUUCAGGGCAGCUACCAAGUGCAGAGAGCCUGCCGCGCCCGCGUCGCAUUCCUCUUCUGGUACCGAGUUCAAGGUGGAGCCCCUCUCUGUCAUUGUCUAUGGUGUGCCACAGCGCAUUCAAGCCCCAGGCUCGGCACCGUACCCCGGUGUGCAGGAGCCUGGGGCUCACUCUACUCCCUUCCUCGGGGCGGCCGAGAAGUCGCUUACAAUGACUACCUUUUCUCAAAUUGACCCGCUGAAGUCCUCCCCCAGCACUUGCACUAGUGUCGCUGCGACGCCCACGGCUGCGACGGCGAGCCGGCGAGCGUCGUUGACGCGGUCGCUCGCCAAAACGCCGAUGGCAUGUGUAACCGCGAUCAAGGGUCCACUGCCGUAUCCACACAGCCCUGAUGGUCUUCAAGAGCUUGGUAAGAUCUGCGCCGAGUUAGACUCGGACGAUGACGACGACCUCAUCACAUUGCUGCAAGGCGCGCCGCAGAGCAUCUACAAUCACCCCACGGUGCUCUACAUGUCAAACAAGGUGAAGGGCGAUUUGGUCGUUUUGCAGGCGAUGAUGGAACAGAUCGCACAAGUGUCGCCUGUCUUCUUUGACUGGAUUGCCGCGAAUCCGCAGAAGUUCCUGAGCGCCCUCAACCGCGGCGGUGAGCGUUCGUUGCAGCAGGUGAAGGAUCAACUGCGCAUGCUGGCCAUGCGAGCUAUGGCGGAGCAGAUGAGCGGCGAAACCCCGUCCCGCCAUGUAAUGAUGCUGGAGGUGAACACGAGGGACGGCUCUCCGGAUGUGUAUCAGGUGGAGGUGCAGGUAGGUGAUUUCUCCGACGCAUCAACCCCAAGCGACUCUCUCAUAACGACCAGCGUCAUGGACAACAACUCAGUCGAGGAGGAGAAGGGAGACGAGGCGGAGAGCAUGCACACGGACGAGGAGGUGGAGGACAACAACACGGCUGUGUCGAGCAUCGAUGCGUCAAGCGAGGACGGCGAGGCCGCUGUGGACACGGAAGAGGCGGAAGAGGAGAAUGAGCUGCAUCGUGGUGCUAUUCUUUUGCCGAACACCGCGGGUCUCCUUCAGACACCACUCUCAUCGCAGCCGCCGCCAGACGCGGUGUCACUGGCGAAUGAAGCUGCGGGGAACGUUAUGCUGUCGCAUGGUAGCAGCGUGACGGCGGCCGAGGAAAAGACAUCCACGGAGGAGGGCGGUGCGCCGUUCACCCUAUCUCCCCCUGCGGAUGCCGCCCCUGUCGGCAUUGCUCACUCCUCGUUCCCUUUCCUUUCCCCAACCCCUUCGGCUGCCGUAAGGUCUACCUCUCUAGACGCGGCCGCGAGUCCGGCCUCGAGCGCCGUUUCUCCUCAAGACAACGACGCUGAGGACGCGCGGCUGUCGGGCCUGCGGGAGAAGCUGCAGCAGGUUAACUCCUCGAUGGAGCAGUGGGCAUGUCAGGCCACAAGUGAUGCGGCGCAGAGAACGCACACUGCCAUCACGGAGCUCCGUGGCGAUCUCUUUACCGUGCUGAACGACCUCAUCACAUCCUCUACCACACCUGCUUCCUUCUCCGAGAGCUGCAGGGAUGUGCGGCGCCUUGCCCUUUUUGGCUGUCACUUUUUUUCCUUAGCCGAGGAGUUUUAUGUGCAGCUAGAUGAGCAGGGUGUGCGCUCCUCCUUUUUCGGGGAGACUCCGCAGGACUCAGUGGCGGCAUGGGCCUUCGUGGCCGCGCUGAGUCGCCUUCUCGUAUGCGACGUGGACGCUGCAGUCGAGCAACAGCUGCAGCAGCAACAGCAAGGGGCACCUGGUCCUCACCGCGAAGGUGCGCUGCGUUCGUUGCUGCCCACCACUUCGAAUGAGGCAUGCCCUGUGGUGCGCUGGUCAACCGCCGAGGGACCAGAGAAGCUCUUGAUGGCUCUCCUGCAUCUGUGUCGCCAGCAGCGAUCAGUGGUGCUGUGGUACAGCAGCCACUACGUCCUGAAGGAGGUGGGCAAGACAAUUCAAACGAUGUCUUACAUCCUCGGUGGCACGGAGGAGGCCCAGCAGACGGUGUCGCUCCAGCGUUUAAAAGUGACGAGCAAAGCACACAAGCAAGACGAGGUGGCCGACUGCAUUACCACUCUGUCAGAUGCGCUGACGCAGACCGGCACGCUGUCGGACACCAUGCGCUGGCAGUGGUUCGCUCUCAUGCGCAGCCGCUAUCAGCGGCUCGUGCUUCCCCUCGAGAAGGACCUUCCAGCGCCUCACAUGACAUCGAACCCGCUCUACGUGUGCGACACGCGGCACGUGCUGCCCCCCAAAGAUGGUGAUGCGUUCUCGGACGCCUCACACGGCACGAUAGAUAGCGCGGCUCGGUGGUGGGCUGGAUACUGCGACGAUAGGCACACCUGCUGCGCCGAUAAGUGGUGUCUGGCAAUGACAACGCGGUUGUGGAACGUCGUCACGGCCAUGCAGAACACUGCGUCGAUGGCGACAGCAGAGCGUGUAGCUGUUGUGCUGACAGGUGACGGGACUGAGUCAAGUGCCGCGAACUCGCUUUCACUAGAAACGUCUGUGCGUGACUGGCUAGGCCACGUAACGUGGAUGCCGGUCGACAGUGUCGUAGCACCAUCCGCGCCAAUAGCAUCAGAGUCGUCCUCAAGCUCAGUCGCCCGCCACUCAGCAGUCCUUUGUGAACAGGUGAUGUCCCCAGCGGAGGCGAAGGACGAGGCAGCAGUGGCCCUUAACCUUUCUAGCGUUGCUGGGGUUCAUGGUAUGUUACCUCUUUUCCGCGGCGACGUGCAUAUGGUGGAUGUGGCUGCGGUGGGGGCUGGGCAGAGACCAGUGCUGAGCUUGGCUGGCGGGGUAGCGUUGCCGACGUACUUGGCAACGGUAGUGCGUAACUUUGUUUUGCCUGCCUCUGCACGCGAGUCCAUCUUCUCGCGACACUUUUUCGGACUGUUGGCAAAGCACCCACGUAUCCCAGUGGCGGCGGCGGUGCGAGAUGCGGCGCUCGCCAACGCACGCGCCCAGGAUUCACCGUGGCUGGUCAGUGAGUACGUACUUUUCGACUACGGGGGUGCGCUAUCGACCUUCGCGGACGCUUAUGCCCAGGCCCACGCCGCCGCUCCCGUACAAGUAGCCGUGGCGAUAGAGGGGGUGUCAUCGACCACCCCUGCAGCUCUUCCGCUACCGAUGACGGCCCCGUCAGCUGAGUCCGUCAGCAGCAAGUUUGUGCGUAUGCCGAGCGUGCCGCUGAGCCAGCGCUUGAGCAUGCCUCGCCCACUGCCGCCAACGCAGCGUCGACCUGUUUGCGCCACCUUUCGCCCACAUCUCGCGCAUGCCUCAGGCAUUGAUGGCGAGUUGGCAAAACGCCAGUAUGCCCGAACCCAUGCUGUCGAUGAGCUAUACGAGAUGAUGCUUGGCAGCUUGGUCGAGCACCAGCCGAGCGGUGAGGCUGACGUACUGGACCACUUGGUGCAGUACGUGGAAGCGUCGCAAGACGUGAUGCGGGGCUGUGUUUGCAAGAGACAAGCAGAGGUCGCUGCUGCUGUGUCGGAAAAAGGGACCCAAGGCACCACUCCUGACCAUGCCGCGGUGGCCGGUGGCAGCACCCAUUCGAAACCUCAACCGCCAGGCGGGAAGCGUAACUAUUUCGCCCGACGCAGACAAUGA